AUGGGCGAACAGUUCAAAGUCAACGCAACGUUCACCUGCGGCGAGAACCUGUUCAUCUCGAGCGCGCCCUUCACCUGGGACUACGCGGUGCGCGACUGGCACAGCGAGGUGGUCAGCCCCGGCUUCGAGUUCGGCAAGGGAGCCAAGGGGCCCGGCAUGAUCGGCCACUACACUCAGGUGGUGUGGUACAGCUCCUACCAAGUUGGCUGCGCCGUCAACUACUGCGAGGCCUCUGCCAAGUACCUUUACGUGUGCCACUACUGCCCAGCCGGCAACCUGAACACUCGACUCACGCGCCCCUACGACAGCGGCCCGGCGUGCAAGUCCUGCCCCAAGAACUGCACCAACAAGCUGUGCACCAACGCGUGCCCCUUCACCGACUCCUACUCCAACUGCGCGCUCAUGAAGAGCACGCUGGGCUGCGGCGACACGCUGUACGGCCGCAUCGUGCGCGCCUCCUGCCCCGCCUCCUGCCAGUGCGCCGACAAAAUCUACUGAGCUCCUUCGAAGACCGGACCGGCAAUCAGCA